AUGGACGAGGAUCCGUCCAGAUCUCCCAAAACCACACCUCCAGCUCCUGCUGGUGAGCAGCCGGCGGAGCAGAAGCCAGCAUCCAUAGCCACAGAAACCCCUUCAACCGAUGCUGCGAACGUGGAAUCGCUCGAAUUGUCCGAUGAGUCGAGCGGCUCUCCAAGAGUUCGAUCGAAGCUGCGGACUUAUAGCAUAGUCCUGAUGCUCUGUCUCGUUCUCUUUCUCUCCGCACUUGAUCAGACCAUUGUUGCAACGGCUAUUCCGUCUAUCACGAAAGACCUCAACUCCGCCGCCGGCUACACGUGGAUUGGUGCUGCAUAUCUACUUUCCAUGUGCGCUACUAAUCCCAUGUGGGUUCGAAUCAGCGACAUCUGGGGCCGUAAGCUUGGUAUUCUAGGAGCAAUCAUUGUCUUCGCCGUCGGGAGCACGAUUGCAGCCGCAAGCACAAACAUGCCCAUGCUAAUUUCCGGCCGUGGGGUCCAGGGUCUCGCCGGCGGAGGAAUCAUCUCGCUGGUCUAUAUCAUCAUCUCGGAUCUCUUUAGCAUGCGGCAUCGGGCACUGUACAUGAGCGCGACAGCACUGGUCUGGGUGAUUGCUGGAACCACGGGGCCCGUUAUCGGGGGAGCUUUGUCCCAGUAUGUGAGUUGGCGCUGGUGCUUCUGGAUUAACCUCCCUGCCUGUGGUGCCGCCUUCCUUGUGAUGUUAUUCUUCCUCGAUUUGCACAAUCCACGCACGAAGCUCGCCGAUGGCCUGAAAGCCAUAGACUGGGUUGGAACUGUCUCCAUUCUCACCAUUGUCGUCCUACUUCUUCUCGGGCUGGACUUUGGUGGCGUGACAUUUCCCUGGGAUAGCCCAACAGUUAUUUGCAUGAUCGUGUUUGGAACCCUGUUGAUCGGUUUCUUCCUCUUUGCCGAGAAGCGCCUUGCCAAAUUUCCCCUGAUGGAUUUACGGAUCUUCAAGGAUCUAUCAAACAACGCAGUCAUCAUUGUUGCCGCUACACACAGUAUGGCCACCAGAGGCUCGGAGUACUACCUCCCGCUGUACUUUCAAAGUGUGAAACAAGCCUCCCCUACCAAAAGCGGUGUUUUGAUAAUACCCAUGAUGGUAUCGGCAUCGAUUUGCGAUCUGUUAGUCGGCGUCGUGAUCCACAGGACGGGCCGGUAUCGAGAAAUCAUAUGGAUUGGGACCACAUGCUUGACCCUAGGGACAGGUCUCUAUAUCUACCUCGGAAUCGAUACAUCGCUCGCAAAAAUCAUCGUUUUCGAGGUAAUCGGCGGUGUCGGCCUUUCCCUUCUUUUAUCAACACCCAUGCUCGCGAUCCAAAACAAUGUCGACCAGGCUGAUGUCGCAGUAUCGUCGGCGACGUUGGGCUUUAUGCGCAGCAUCGCAACGUCAUUGUCUAUCGUCCUUGGUGGCGUUGUCUUCCAGGGUAGUAUGGCAGCCCAGCAUUCAUCCCUCGUCGCCGCCGGUCUCAACGAAUCCGAUCUCAAAGCGUUUUCUGGCUACGAUGCAGCGGCAAACGUGGAACUGAUUGCUACCAUCGAGGACCCGGUGCAACAUCGCGCGGUGCAGAACGCCUACGCCUUUAGCAUGCGAAACAUGUUCAUCAUGUACACGGCCGUCGCUGGUAUUGGACUAUUGGCCAGCCCUUUUAUCAAGCAGCGUUACAUGAGCAAGGAACACACGGAGACAAAGACGGGAAUAGAGAAUAUGACGGAGAAUAAGCGGAAAACCGGAGAUUGA